AUGGCGACUAGAAGAAGUACUCGUCUGCAAAACAUCCCGACUCAACAGCCGGCCAGUGACAAGCCAGAUACCCAUCUAGUCCAGGCUGUUGGAAAAGGGGCUCGGCCCAAGUCGGCAUCCAAACCGUCAGCUUCGAAGAGAGCUGCAGCAUCGGAGCCAGCCAAAGACAAGAAUGACCAGCCAAUUCGCAAAAAGGCCAAGGGCAAUGGCAAAACAUCGACUGUCCCGUCGUUGGACGUCAGCACGGUCAGCGCCAACGACAAAAUAUCGAUUCUACCGCCAGAGAUCCUCCACAUGAUUCUCGGCAGUAUCAGCGAUCAAAAGGACAUGAGUGCUCUGGGCCGGACUAGCAAGAUGUUCUACUCCGUCAUGAUGCCUCGACUCUACGGACGCGUGGUUGUUGCGUCAAUGUUCCACGCCCACAUUGCCAAGCUCAUCCGCACACUCGAGCCACUUCUCAGCAUUGCUCAGAAGAAGCAAUUGAAAAAGGAAGGAAAAUACAAAGGCCAACAGGAAAAAUAUCCCACCGGCCUCAACGAGAAAGCCAUACCCGCCUGUGCCGGCUACGCAAAGCAGUUCGUAGUCGGAUAUUGCAACCCGGGACGUAAACACGACUAUAUCUGCUACAGAUAUGUCGAAGAGGCAUUAAAGGUCUUGAAGAACUUGGAAGUUUUGGACAUCGUAAUAUUGAACAAGUCCAUAGCCAAAGGCAUAGCAUCGCUGCCGAACCUUAAGGCCCUGCGUUUGUAUGUUGACUGCGCGUGCGAUGAUUUGUUACCGCUGGCGAGUAUCAAGCAGCUUAGGCACUUGGAAAUAAAAGUGUCUGGGGUGUUUAAUGAGCCACGCAAUGUCUUUCGAACAAUUCUUCAGAAUUCCACGACGACACUUGAAAGCUUGGCGAUAGUCGGCGACAGUUAUGGCUGCCAGAUAUUUGACGAUUGGGCCGAGAAGUCAAAGGGAAAAAUUGCGCCCGACUUUGUCGCAUUGAAGUCGUUAUCUCUCACUGGCCUGGAGAUCACGGAGCAACUUCUCAAGGAUUUCGACCAAGCCUUUGACUUUACCCAGCUACGUAAACUUCAAUGUUCAACUUUGAUAGAUCCCGGUUGUCUAUUAUUCCCUUUUCUGACCGGUCGUUUCUCCUCGUUUCAUGGUACGACAGAUGCCCCUUUGGGGUUGCGCACCUUGAACCUCAACAUGGACGAAAGCACCUGGUAUCAUGAUCAGAUGCAAAUCCAGGCUCUAUUCGAGGCUAAAUGCAACUUCAUCGCGUCCUUCGAUACACUUACAACCCUAGAGCUCCCCGGCUAUGUAUAUUCUGCGGAUCAUGUGCCAGCCAAUCCAGGUUUCUCAGACUUGCUCCUGCGAGCGAUACUGAAACACAAGAACUUGAGGGUUCUAAAGCUGUUACAUUAUGGAUAUUCAGAUAGAAACCACUACCCACACCUCGACGCGAAUAUGAUAGCAGCUCUUGUCGACGGCUUGCCCCAGCUACGGGAAUUCGAAUUUGUACCGAUGGAAGAGCGGAUGCCCGAAAUCAGUCGAGAGCUGUGUCGUGCAAGCAAUCUGGAGAAACUCAGUUGUGCUCCAUAUUCCGAUGAAAUCAAGUUGAUCUCUACAAUUGUCGGCGGCUUUCUAUCGCAUCUUCCUAGUCAAGUCAUAGCGAGCGCCCAGAAUGGCAAUUUCAACUGGGAGGAUCAUUACAAGCUCAGUCGAAUCACAUCGAGGAGAAAUUGGGAAAUUGCAUCAAAUUUCCGAAAGGUGAAGAGAGGUAGCGAAAAGCCAGAAAAGAUCCAAGUCGAUGGGCUUGGCUGGGAACAUGGUGUCAAGUAUCGCUAUGUGCCCGACCUUGUCAGAAUCCAUGUUGGAUACGACCCGGAUUUUCCUUUCUUGAAGCAGGCAGAAAAUUGCCUGUCAUAG